CGCAAGCGUAACAUUCGCACUUGAUUUCAGCAGAGUCCGUUCAAAACUCUCAUUCAGUUCACGAGAAUCUGCUAAGUGAAUUGGUGUAACUAUACUUAGUUUAUCAGUGUUUGCAUUAUCAUUUUUUUUUUAAAGCAAUGAUUGUCAUAAAGUUGAGGAAUGCAGUUUAGUGCUUUUAAGUGAAUUUAUUAUUAUUUUUUCCGUUGAUUUAAAUUUAACGUGAGUUUCAUUUUAAAUCUAGUCUACUGUGAUCUCUGUAGUAUUUUGACUGUGAUAUUUUUAUUUUAUUUUGUUUGUAAAAAUAACUGUGAUAUAAGGCAAUUUAAAAAUGACUUUAUGCACAAUUCCAACGGUCGGUGUGCGAUCCCAGGUUCGCGAAAGGCGUCCUGGACGGCCCCCSAGUGGAAAACGUCUUGCCAUGGUCAGAGAUAUGCCAGCGAAAGUGAGAUCGGCGUUCAGACGCAGUCUGGACCCAUGUGAUAAUUCCAACGACAGCGGCCUAGGUUUUGACCACCAUGCGGAUCCCCAUCAUCUCAAUAGUAUGUCGGAACGGCUUACGUGGAACGGUGAACGGGCCGAACCUAAGAGACUCAAAAUGGACAUWAAAUUAGAAAAUGAAGACGUCAAUGAUAGAUAUUGUUUUCCUGAAACUUUGAGAAGUUGCAAAGACAGCACAACGUUAAUCCGAACUGCGCCUGCCGGUUCUAUUCCUUCCUUAAGUAUGAACAACAAUCAAACGAGUUCUUCGGGGCGGGCUGUCCCGCGGUGUAUCCCUCUAUCAAAUAGGCAACCCUCAUCGUCACCAAUUCCUCUCACCACUCAAUUGAGUACCACUUCCAAAUAUGCAUCCGAUGUGAGUCUGACAAUUGUGAAACAACCGGAACAACAACACAGAGCGAGGUAUCAAACCGAGGGCAGCCGCGGUGCUGUGAAAGACCGGGAAGGGAACGGAUUUCCCGUCGUGCAAUUGGUGGGCUACUAUCAACCUACAACAUUACAAGUAUUCAUCGGAACCGACGUAGGCAAAGUGGCACCUCACAUGUUUUACCAAGCGUGCAAGGUCAGCGGUAAAAACUCGACCCCGUGCGUCGAGAAGAAAAUCGACGGCACGUGCGUCAUCGAAUUGCAGUUAGAUCCGUCAAAAGAAAUGAGCGCGACUUGCGAUUGCGUUGGGAUUUUGAAAGAGAGGAAUGUCGAUGUGGAGCACAGGUUUCCGGAUCAAUUGGGAAAUCGGAGCAAGAAGAAGUCGACGAGGUGUCGAAUGAUCUUUAGAACGACGCUAACACAUGACGAUGGCACACAAGAGACGCUGCAAGUGUGCUCGCAACCGAUCGUUUGCACCCAACCACCCGGAAUUCCGGAAAUUUGUAAAAAAUCGCUCACUUCGUGUCCCGCCAGCGGAGGCUUGGAGUUAUUUGUUUUGGGUAAAAAUUUUCUCAAAGACACUAAGGUUCACUUCCAACAAGUCGACGACGAUAGGCACGUCCGAUGGGAACAAGCCGUUGUUCCCGAUAAGGAGUACCUGCAACAGACACAUUUCGUUUGCGUAAUUCCCCCAUACCGUAGACCAGAUAUUACCGAACCUGUCACAGUCAGGUUAUGCGUGGUCUCUAGCGGCAAAACUAGUGAACCUCACCAGUUUGUAUAUACCCCUGUUAAUGGGGCUAUACCGAGCGUUCACGUCGACCCUCCUCCUGCUACUACACAAGCGCCCUUUUUUAACAAAAUGAUUUGGUCGUCGAACAUCAGCAAGCGUGAGCAAGAUUUGGGCAUGAUGCCCCCUCCAGAGUCAAGUUUGGUCCCCAUGGCUUCUCGCCGUCCUUCCAUCAGCCUACCCUCCACCAGCGACAACUUAUCGCCUCCCUUACACACACUCAAACAGGAAUACAUUGACGAAAACAGCCAAAGUUCCGUUAUUGAGCCGAUGGACCACUCUGAGCGCUACAGACACAUCUCCGAGAGCUCCCUUGAUGUCCAUCCCGGCGAUUCCAACAUGUCGAUGAUCAACGAGAACUCCAUCGACAUGUUGAGCCACAAUAACAUGAUCAACAACGAAAACUCAAAUCUAAGCGUUAGUAACGARAAUAGUGUCGAAAUGAUGGUGCGAAGGGGCUCGAUCAGUCGCAGCGUCUGCGAGAACUCCAUGGAUGUCAAUUUAAGCAACUCGCAGAUGUCGUCGAUGAAUGAAGACAACUCAUGCAGUAACGUGAUGCAGCAUUGUAGUAACUCAGUAGUGACUGACCGAUUAGUAUUAUCACAGCCGGUCUUAAUGCACCAAAACAUGCUCGCAUCGGCACCUCAUGGGGUCAUGCAUGCUGCCACAGCUGAGGAAUUGAAAGUCAUGGACUUAAGGAUGAAAAUGCCGAUGGCCACUGUGGCCGAUUUGGGAAACAGUAGUGCGCCCUCGAUGGCCACGUUGCAGAGUUUCGGGGUAACGGAAGCGAACAACGCCCCUUUGCCGGCUCAAAGCGCACAAAGUGUAGAGAAUUUCUUAACCAAUAUUGAAUCCAAGGUGCUCCCCAACGAUUUGCAAUUAAAAAAAGAUGUUUCGGACAAGAUUAACGAAAUUAUCAGUACUGAAGCACGAGCGUUUCGGCAGUGCCGAAAUAUUAUACCUAACACAACUGCCACUGAACCGGUUUAUCUCAGCUCACAACGACCCUUUUUGACUGGGACUACAGAAAACGAGAGUUUGCUUGUAGCCAAAAGCGAGGCUGCAGCUAUCGCUGAACAAACAAUUUCAGAACAAGCGAGCGCGAUCUCGUCGCCUAUCACUACUAUCAGUAGUAUUGAAAACGUAACUGCCCCUAUUAAUACCGAAAAGUUGGAUCAACUCGUCAAUUCAACUGUUGAGUCUCAUAUUGGAAGUCCAACAAGAUCUGAAUCAAAAGAUGUGUUAAUGUCAAAUAAAAUGACUCUGACACCUAACACUCCAACCAACUCGGAAACCUCGAACGAUGUUAUACGAGAUGUUAUGCUAAAUUCGCGUUCGAGUUUAAUGGUUGCGCCUAUUAUUAACACAACUCUGCCAUCUCCUAUCUUAAAUCACGAUCUCAAUAAUCACAAUUCUCCAAAUUUAUCACCAGCGGUGAUCCUCAAUUCGCAAAUUUCGCCCAGCUUGAUGUGUCGCAACACUCAAGAUACUCUCUUACCCAGCGCCAUCUGUCAGCCGAAUGUGACAGUCGAGUCGAGUUUGCAACCGCCGGUGGUACCCACUCUUCUGACAACCAAUCCGAAUCACACAUCUCCUUUACAUUCCCCAAUCGCUGUAACAAAUCCUUUGUCUCUGGUCAACACUCCCGACCCUGAAAAGGUUGUACUGUUGAAAGCCGCUGUAGAUUUGUUGGAAACGCAGAAGAAAAUCUCCGAGUUGGAUAGUCGGCAAACUAUCGAUAGUGGUAAUAAGAUGAUUAUGAACAAUAUAAUGACGAUAUCAUCGACGGGUACAACCAAUGACGUGAUGCCUUCAAGUAGAUUAAGUCAAUUACAAGGGAACAAUUUUGUACAAGCACCACUUUUAAACACGGUACCGUCGUCUGACAUGCUUAUGAACAAGACGAUAGCUCAGGACAAUAAGUCUGAUUUUGUCAUACCAGUGCCUGUGAAAGAAAUGACUGGUGUUUCGCAAGCCGAUAAGAAGAACGAGGAUAGGAUGAUCCCGCAGUCGUUCACCUCCCUCACUGAAAAUGAACUGAUCAACUUGAUAAACCCUAGUUGUUUCGACCAAGCACCAGUAGUUACUAAAAAAUCAUAAGAAAAGUUGAACUGUGUGUAGCACUAGUGGUCUGUGUAUAAAUGUAUUGGUGGACAAAUGAAAAAACAUCUCAGAUUAGUUGUAUAAUAAUCAUUAUUUAUAUGAUUCUAUGAUAAAGUUUUUGUAACUGUUUGUAAGACUAACUUUUUUAGUUUUGAUCGUGUUAACACAUCUUUCAUUGCAUGGCUUUUUUUCCUAGUUGCUAAUCCAUUUAUUUUUUUCAGUAUAAAUUCAUUGGUGGAGGCAUCAUUCAUGUUCCGUACUCAUUGCUGUGUAAGGUGUUAUUGUUUGCAUUUAAAAGCUCAGCUUACAAUUACAAUGUGCUUUUUAAUUGAAUGAUAAGGCACUUUAUACAUGCAACUUCUAAUAUAAGUACAAGAAGUUACAUUUUUUACGUUUUUCAUAUGUAAUGUUUACAUAUUUGUUGUAAGAUUACCAUGUUGUAAUCGAGUAUUAUCGCCGUUGCUCAUCAGCAAUUUGUUCAAAUUAUAUGCCAUUUUUGUAAAAAAAAAACAUUGACAAGAUAAUGUAGUAGCUCUGUACAUGUUACGUUUAAGUUUGCUCAAUUACAUGAUAUGCUUUCUAUUUAUAAAAAAAAAGAAAAACAAAGAGACUUAAAUUUUCAUCUUAUUCGAUCUGUUUGUGCAAAAUUUAUGUCACUUUUUUUAACGUUUUCUUUCUAACUUAUGUUCCAUCUUGGAAUUAUUGUAAAAUUUUAAUUUUAUUUUUAAAAUGUCAAUGCAAAUAGGCUUAAGGAGAAAUCAAAUUUCGACACAGUGUUUUCUAUGAAAACAAACUGUGCAUUAUUUAUACUUGUCGGUAAUUUAUUUUGUAGGUUUUAAACGUCAUUAUUUUAUUUAUGAAUAUUUGUUUUCAAUCAAAAAAGUGCUAUAUCUUUUAUCAUUUUAGAUUAUUUUAAAUGCAAAACAAGUAUAAAUAAUAUUUAUUACUGUAUAUUAUGUGUAUAAAAUUUGUAUGGCUAUAUGAAACCUAUUCAAGUGUUAUGAUUGUUAAAAGGUGUAUAUUUCAGAAAAAAUAUAUAUUGAAUAUA